AUGUCCAGCACAUACAGCUCGAUACAACGACAUCGCAAAGACACGUCGUCGUCGGGCUCUAACACGACGCCGCUGGCCCGGCGCAGGCGGUUCGACGAGGGCCCGGCCGACCCGGGAUCAGCGCCACACCUCGACAGCUUUGUGGUGCCCCCCACCCGACACGACGAUGGCACCAAACGGCAGCCAGGACGACGCAAGCAGCGCUGGAGCCACGGCGAGAACAAGGUGGCAGACCUGCUGCAGAUGCCAACGGCCCUGACGGGCCACCUCACGCCCGAGCAGGCCGAAGCGUAUGCCAUCUACUAUCGCAUUGAAGAGAUCAGCCAGCAGCUGCGUCUGGGAGAUAUCGUGCCGCCGGAGGACGAGCGGUCGCCGUCGCCACCGCCGCAGUAUGAUUCCAUGGGCAAGCGAACCAACACACGGGAUGCCCGAUACACACGCCAGCUCGAAGAGGAGCGCCACCGGCUGAUCGAGCGGGCCCAGCGACUGAUUCCCAACUACCGCCCGCCCGUGGACUACCAUAAGCCCGCCAAGACCCAGGAAGUUGUCUACAUUCCCGUUAACGAGUACCCCGACAUCAACUUUAUCGGCCAGCUGCUGGGAGCCAGAGGAAAGACGCUGAAGAAGAUGGAGCAGGAAUCAGGCGCCAAAAUCUGCAUUCGAGGCAGAGGCAGUGUUAAGCAGGGCAAGGGACGAACAGACAUCCCCUUCCAGUCCACUGCCGAGGAUGACCUUCACUGUCUGAUCAUCUCAGAGGACGAAGAGAAGAUUGCUCGGGCAGUCCAGCUGGUCCAGCAGGUCAUCGAUACUGCUGCUAGUGUUCCUGAGGGCCAGAACGAGCUCAAGAGGUCUCAGCUGCGAGAACUGGCUGCUCUCAACGGUACUCUUCGAGAUGACGAAAACUAUGGUGGCGCUCCCCAGUCGUCUUCUGGAGACGAGAUGGACGACCGCAACAAGCGACGAAACAACUUCAUGUCGUCUAUUGUUUGCCAUAUUUGCGGCUCCAAGGGGCAUUUCGCCCGGGACUGUCUCGAGAAGGGCACCAACGCUGGCACGUCUGAGAAUGCCGACAGAGAGUACGACGCUCUGAUGCGAGAGCUCCAGGGAGAAGGAGUCAUUGACACUGCCUCUCAGCAGCAGUCCAUUGCUCAGAACCCCAACACUAACAACGUGUCCAAGUUGCCCCCUGCUGUGACUGGCUCCAACGCUGCUCCCAUCAAUAUGCGAAAGCCCAUGAGCGAGAGAGGAGGGUCGUUUGAUAGAUUUGACCGAGGCGGCUUCAACCAGUCCAACCAGCGAGAGCCCCAACAGCAGAGCCACCAGCAAAACAUGCACAACACUAACGGAAACAACUAUGACCGAUACGACCGCAACUUCAACAACUCGUCCAACUCGUCGCCCGAACUCCCUCCUUGGCACAGACCCACACCUCCCUCGCAGCCUGCUGCUCCCCCGUGGCUGCGACGUGACAACUACAAAAAGCACGACAAGGUAUCUGUCCAGCAGUCGAUGCAGCAGUCGCCGUGGAAUCGCGACACCCGUCAGCACCAGCAUCAGCACCAGCCCCCCGUGCACCACCAGUCUAUGUUUAAUAACAACCAGUCUCCCAUCGGGCCCCCUGGUAUGUCGUCUUCUGGCUUUGGUGGUUACGGUGGCGCUCCUGCUGGUGUGCCCGGCAUGUCUGUGCCUCCCGGACCUCCUGGUCUUUCUAAAGUUCCUCCUCCCCCUCCUCCUCCUGGGGUGCCUGGAAUGGAUGGAGACCAGCCCAUUCGUCAUCCCCCGCCUCCUCCUCCCGGAGUUAUCGGGCCCCCAAAAUAA